UCUGAGACAGAGCCGCUGCUCGCCAGUCCUGUAGGGAUUUCUGUCACGAUGAAGGGUUUAAGGACUAUUACAAUAGCUUACCUCCUGACUCUUCUGCUGCUGGCGACAUGUGUGUCACAUUCGUGGAGCGCACCGAAGGACACUUUCCAACGAAGAAACUGGACUCCCCAGGCCAUGCUGUACCUCAAGGGCACUCAAGGAAGAAGGUUCAUCUCAGAGGACCGAAAAGAAGGGGACGUGUACGACACGUUACACCUGGAAACCCGCAAUCAGAACACAGAGAAGCUGAGUGUCAACCAGGCAGCGACCAUCCUGCUCAACUUUCUGCAGCAAGCCAGGGAGGGAGCCGAUGAAAACCCAGACCAGGUGUAUUUUCAAGACCUGCCGGUGUGGAAGAGAGAAUACUUCUGA